AUGAGUUACACCAGUGUACAGUUACCCUCAGUGGGGAUAGACAAUGCUUUCAACCACCUAAUGCCUAGUGAUUCUACACAGGAAAAUAUAAAAGCCAAUGACAAUGCAAGCGAAUCUGUCUUUAUCCAGUUGUCAGAUAGUGAUGGAAAUGAAGUUGGAACGCCUAUUUGGAUACCUUUGGAUGUCGAUGUUACCAAACUUUCUGAUCUUUUGAGUGAUCUUCUCCAAAGAACAGAUGUAAGUCCUCUGAUGUACGAUUUUUUCGUGGGUGAUGUACAAAUUUUGGAUGACUUGAAAGCAGCGUUAAUACAAGCACGUGCUAAAGGCACUGAUCCUUCUUUACCGAAUUUUGGAUCAACUGGUCUUGAAGGCGUAGUGAAAGUCACGUAUCAAGCUCAAGCCAUUUUUCAAGUCCGUCCAGUAACACGUUGUUCAAGCAGUCUACCUGGACAUAAAGGUGCUGUUCUAGUUGCACAGUUUUCACCAGAUGGAAGAAGUUUAGCAAGUGGCUCCGGUGAUCAAACAGUGCGUUUUUGGGAUCUCAACACUGAAUUGCCUUUGACUACAGGUUCAGAUGUACACAAAGCUCCUGUUUUAUGCUUAGCAUGGUCUCCUGAUGGUGUUCGACUAGCAUCUGGUUGUCAGGGUGGGGUGGUUUGUUUAUGGCGUCAGUCAGAUGCUAACAGUGAUUGGUGCUUAUGUUCAAGUCGUCCGUUAAUCAGACCUCAACUGGCAGCUACUCCAGCCUCUUCUAAAGGACGUUGGAUAAGAUCUGUUGUAUGGAGGCCAUUGCAUUUAGAUCCAGAAUGCAGACAACUUGCAGUUGCUUAUCAAGAUUGUUCCAUCGUUAUUUGGGAUACAUUUACAGGUCAACCGGUGCAUACAAUUACUGGUCAUGAUAAACCAGUUGUAUGCCUACGUUGGGGUGGUACAGAUUUGAUUUAUUCAGCUAGCCAAGAUCGAACGAUUCGUGUUUGGCGUUCCAAAGACGGUGUAUUAUGUCGUACAUUAAAUUUACACGGUCACUGGGUAAAUUGUUUAGCCUUGAGUACUGAUUAUGUAUUACGUACUGGUGCUUUUGAUCCUGCUUGUGCUCAAUUAGUGAAAAGUGUUCCUGUAUUUCCAAAGGAUCCAGAGACUGCACUGAAAACAGCUGAACUAGCGAAAUCCCUGUAUGAAAAAGUCAAGGGUUCUCAUCCUGAAAGACUAGUCGCAGGAUCUGAUGACAAUACACUGUCAUUAUGGCAACCAGAAGUUGAUAAAAAGCCUCUUGCUCCUCGUAUGACAGGUCAUCAAGGUGUAGUCAAUGAUGUGAAAUUUUCACCGGAUGGUCGUCUUCUCGCCAGUGCAAGUUUUGAUCAUUCUGUUAAAAUUUGGGAUGGUUUUACAGGACAAUUCCUGGCUACUAUGUUUGGACAUGUACAAGAUGUUUACUUAGUCUCAUGGUCAAGUGAUAGUCGGCUAGUUGUAUCAUGUUCUAAAGACUCGACUGUUAAAGUUUGGUCGAUUGCUGAAGUACGUCGUUGGAAUCAAGAAGCUGCCACCGUGUCAAAACAAGAGAAAAAGAAACAAUUGUUUGCUAGUGAUAUAGCCGGAAAAAAGAAAUCCACAUCAAUCCAUCAGCGUAAACGUCACUUGAUCCAUGAUUUGCCUGGACAUGCAGAUGCAGUGUAUGCAUUGGAUUGGAGUCCUGAUGGACAGUAUGUUGUCUCAGGUGGUAAGGAUAGAAUAUUAAAAAUAUGGCGCGCUUGA